UGUCGUUAUUCAGUACACUCGCAUUCGUCAUCACACGCAAAUGGGAGACGCGUUCUGGCAAUCGUACCGCGGCAUUACUGCCAAGCUGCGAAAGCGAUUCAUGCGCAAACCAAACCUGACGGAGGCAGCGUCGAGCUUCAACGAGCUCUUCGCCUCCAUGAAGCGCGAUGGCAACAACCAAUACGCUGCGUUCUGCCUGCUUGCUGUUGCCCGAUGUGAACAAGCCAUGUCAAACACUGCAGAAGAGGCCGAGAAGACGGUGGAAGCAGCACAACUAUUCUUGCAAGCGGAAAUGGAGAACCAUACACUGAAUUAUGCAGGCUACGAGGAGCAUUUGCAUGAGGCGACGCAAUGUUAUCUUCAGGCGAUUGAUCUCUAUGUCCAGCUCAACCGGCCGCUAUUUGCAGCGUCUUUAUUCGUGGAGCUUGCGGCCGCAAUGAAGCUCUUCAAACGCGUGGAUGAUGCGGCAAUGUACUGCGAAAAGGCAGCAAGGUUCCAGCUCCUUAGCCCCCUUGCCGCUCUGAGCUCGCUCGAAGAGGCUGUUGCUUGCAAGAUUAUGAAAAAGGACUACGACGGAGCAAUUCUCACGCUUAACGAAAUUAUCAACUUUGCCCUCGAGCGAUUUGGAAUCCCAAUGCCGAACGGAGAAACGCACUGCGCCCCAGGCGCCGCGCUCGAUGUUAUUUCUCGUGCUGAAGUCACGCGAUUACUGCUAUUACUCUUGCUGCAGCCAUCUCCACAUGCCUCGAAGCCCGACCACGCCGUUGUGCUUGAAAAGUUUGCUGCAGAUGAAUCGACGGCAUCCCAGUACAUGCCCGAGGAAUUGCGAUUGCUGCUCCAGUCGCUCGUGCUCACAUGCGGUGCCGGAGACACUGCCGGUGCAAGUUUAUUGCAAGCUGACCUCUGGAUUCACUUUACACCGCUUCAAAACGACCUGAUGCAAUUGAUUGUGACCGAGCUGCACAAUGGCUUUUUGACCAAAGCGUAGCGUCGUAAUACACCCUUUCUGUGUGUGUGUCGCAUGUGCAUUUGCGCCUCACUCGCGCACAAGCAUAAUUCCAAGAGAAAACGGGGGUUUUUGUGGGC